AUGUUUACUCAGAAAAGGAAGGGUUUGAAGUGGAACUUGGAGAUUUGUCCCUCAAUUAGAAGGAAGAUUGAGGACAUGAAGAAAAUACAAAGGUUUUGGGGAGUAAUUCCAAGUGAUUUUCGUCAAUAUGAGAGUAGGUGGUUGAAUGAGGUUUAUGCAAUUGACUUACAUAAAAGAACCUGUGGAUGCAAAUCAUGGCAGCUGACAAGUCAUAACAAGAGGAAAUGUCCUCUCAAUCAGGUUAAUGCAGUAGAUGAUUUAGAUGUCUUUGAUUACCGUGAGCUAUUUGAGGGUGAGGGACAGGGUCAAGGACAGGGACAGGGACAAGGCCAUGGGGUUGCUGAGGAUGUUGGAGUUGAUUUAGAGGAGGAGGUUGGAGGUGAUUCAGAGGAAGAAGUUGGAGGUGAUUCAGAGGAGGAUUUAGAGGUGGAUGAUGAACAAGUGGUUAAUGAACAAGUGGUGAAUCCUGGAAAUCAACAUGUGGUUGCUCCAACUUUGAAAAGGAGAAAGUGUGGUCCUUCUCAGAGGAACACAAAACUUAGGUUGAGGAGGAAAAGGGUGACCAAGGAUGAUACAGGGGGAAGUCUUGAAAAUCCUCUCAUACUCUAG